CAUAACUUGAGGGUGUUUUACCCCUUUUCCCUUCAAAGUUCAAAGAGGAAUGUUAGAAGAACCAUCUUCUUGAUAAUAUUCAAAGACGAAUGUUAUAUUAUCUGGAAUCCCCAUUUCUGCUGCAAACUCCACCGCCUUUAGAACCAUCUUCUAAACAAAGCCAUGGCGACCCUUCCAUCGAAACCGAUCCCUUUCGGCUUUCUCCUUCAUUCUUCCCCGGUCGGAAUCCACACUCGGCCCGUGGCUGUAAACCCUUAAAGGCCCGAAACGAUCUUCUGUUCUCUAUGACCCAUAAUCUCAACUACUCCGCUAACGAAUUCAGCUCUUCAUUACAAGAUGACUGCAAUCCGAAUCCCCCGCAAGAAGCUGUUCUCAAGGCAAUUUCAGAAGUGUCAAAGGUAGAAGGAAGGGUUGGACAAACCACAAAUUUAGUUAUGGGAGGGACUGUUCAUGAUGAUUCAACUAAUGAGUGGCUUGUCUUGGAUAAAAAGAUAUACCAUUGGCAGACUGUAUAGUCCUCCAACAAGGGCAAAAGUAGAUGACCUAUCUACUGAUUCUCUCAAAGAAGGGUCAAGAUCGAGAAUUGCUGGUUUUGUACCCUUGAAUUUUAUCACGUGGUGUGUAUAAAGAGCGGUACAUGCAAAGCAAGUGAUGGUGAGCAAGGUGAUUCCAUUGCAAUGAAAGAUGAUACUCAAGACAAGCUAGAAGAGCAAUUGGUGACAUUAUUAUCUCGGUUGUCGUUGGAGAAUGUAGAUGUCAACUUCUAUAUCAGCAAAAUUAAAUAUGCAUCUCAUUGUAUUAUAUAGGUAAAAGCCGAGAGUGCACAUUCAGAAGUUCCAGUCAUUAUUAAACAAAUGAUUGAUCACUUUCUUCUAUAAAAGUCUCAAUUCUGAAAUGGAGAUCGCUCCUAGAUGCUUCCUACUGGAUGUGUAUCAUUAAAGAUGAGUGUCCUUUUGUGUGCAAGCAAGUAUGAAUAUGCAAUAUCUAUACAUUUGUUUGUAAACUACAUAUUAAUGAAGCAGCUUAUGAGAGAUCUAAUGUAUUGCUUAUUUGUUGCAGUGUAUCGAAGAACACUUCCGUCUGACUAUUAAUCAUAUAUGUUAUUUAUUAUGUGCUCGAUAUUAGCAGCAGAUAAGCAAUGCAUAGAAGUUGGUUGGUUGGAGAUGCAUGUUUUCCAUUAUGAAGGCCAAUAUUACAUAAACUGGUGUGUAAAUAAAUGUGUUGAAUGUAUUUUAUUGACGUUGCUAGAAUGCAGGGAAAACCAAAAUUGACGUAGUUUAAACUUAUUUUCAUAUUGAUGGAGCUCAUGUAUAAGUUUUUAGACGGCGCGAAGAUG